AUGCUUUUCUUCAAAAUUAUCAUUGCUGCUGUUCUAGCAGCCACAAUCUCUGCCCGCCGUGUCCAAGUUGACCAAACUGUCACUUGUGAAGCCCUACAACAACAAUAUGUAGAGUUUACUCCCAUCAUUGAAAAGAGAUUGUCAAGACUCCUCAAAACUUGUCAAUAUGGACCUGGUAAUAAACCCCCAGUCUGCUGGACUGAAUGUGAAUCUGGACCUGGUUGCUGCUGA